CCUUGCUUUCAUGAUGGGAGGGGGCAUCAAUAUAUUUUUAAAAUGAUAUCUAGAGUCGUGAGCGAACGAGCAAGAGGGUGUUCGACUGCUAGAGCCAAGUGAAGCAAUGCCUAAAUCAAAGGAACUUGUUUCUUCAAGCUCUUCUGGCAGUGAUUCUGACAGUGAGGUUGACAAAAAGUUAAAGAGGAAAAAGCAAGUCGCUCCAGAAAAACCUGUAAAGAAGCAAAAGACAGGUGAAACUUCGAGAGCUCUGUCAUCUUCUAAACAGGGCAGCAGCAGCAGAGAUGAUAACAUGUUUCAGAUUGGGAAAAUGAGGUAUGUCAGCGUUCGAGAUUUUAAAGGCAAAGUGCUAAUUGAUAUUAGAGAAUAUUGGAUGGAUCCUGAAGGUGAAAUGAAACCAGGAAGAAAAGGUAUUUCUUUAAAUCCAGAACAAUGGAGCCAGCUGAAGGAACAGAUUUCUGACAUUGAUGAUGCAGUAAGAAAACUGUAAAAUUCGAGCCAUAUAAAUAAAACCUGUACUGUUCUAGUUGUUUUAAUCUGUCUUUUUACAUUGGCUUUUGUUUUCUAAAUGUUCUCCGAGCUAUUGUAUGUUUGGAUUGCAGAAGAAUUUGUAAGAUGAAUACUUUUUUUAAUGUGCGCUAUUAAAAAUAUUGAGUGAAGCUAAUUGUCAACUUUAUUAAGUAUUGCUUUGUGUGCCCACCACCUAGUGUAAAAUAAAAUCAAGUAAUACAAUC